AUGAACUACCUGAUGCUAGAUAGAGCGUCAGAAGCAGCAGCAAACGACUUGGCUGAAGUGAGGAAGUUAAUUGAAGGAAUGAACGCUUUGGUUCACAGUCAAAUUCAACAGCAACAACAACAAUUGCAACAACAACAACAGAUUCAACAAGCUCAAGUUCAGGCACAGUCUCAAGCCCAAUACCCCUCUCAACAGCUUCUGCCAUCGCAAUGCUCGGUGAUAGAGAAUUCAACUGCCUCCCAAGCACGAAACCAGGUCGGGAAUGGCGCAAAAUCCAGUGCACGAUUACAAACUUCAGUUGAGAAGAACUCAACUACAGUAAAAGUUGAGAUGAAUAAUAAUGGAGUACCAGUGUCUCCGAAGCAGCCUACAGAGUCAGUGGAAACUCACAGUCUUAGCGAUAACUCAAUGGCUGGGAAUAAUGUACAAACGAACAUACCUACCACUGGUGGAACCCUUACAGAAAGAGAGACUGCAAAGGCUAUCCAAAUUAAAGCAGAACAACCUUCUUACAAACAACAGCAACAAGAACAGAUUGAGCAACAACAACAACAACAACAACAACAGCAGCAGCAACUAAGACAGCAACAACAAAACAUGAGCGCCCAAUUUCGCGAACCUGCGGUACAGCCUCAACCACCAGUAGGAGUAGUUGUAGAAGUGACACAUUUGACUUUCAAUAGAGUAGUAUACUUUCAACUCGCCUUGGAGGCAACCAUUGAGCCAAUGAUUGCUUGGUUGAGGCUUUCUUUUCAAGAUGCCGCCAUUUCUGGUAUGGUUCUUCAGUAUAAAGGUUUUGAUGGAUUAUGGAAAUGUCUAUUGAAUCGCGAUGACUCUCUAAAAAGAAUUUUACAGCAAAGUUUAAAAAGUAAUACAAUGCUACAAAUGAGAGUGCCAAGAGAAGAAGAUUUGGUUAGCUCAGGGUACACGGAUCGUAGAUUAAUUGCUUUGACGAGAACAGAAAGCAUGGUUUGA